ACAGUCUGAAACUCUGCGUGGAGCGGGCCCUCCCAGCUGCGGGCCGGACCCUGCAGCAGUAGCUCGAGCUGGCACCGAGACCGCAACUCCUCGUCCGGUCGCUUCCACGCACCCUACAGUCUUGUCCUUCACCGAGCUGGCUGGAGCCUAGCCGAUGAAUUUGGGGAAGAUAGACUUCCGAGACAGACAGACGAAGGUUUAGGGCCCAGCAGAGGACAGCUCGGCAAUGGCUCCCAUUUUUGGAGACGCAGGCGAAUUUGAGCUCAUGGGGAGGUGUGGUCGGCUCCUCUUGAGACAGGAUGGGGGCUUCAGUUCUCUGCCUCUGUAGCCAGUGCUUCUGAGGAGUAUUGAAUGCAGUGUAUGGAGCAGGGCACGUGCCUUCCCUUCUUGAAAACUUGACCCGGGACAUGUUUAGGAACAAAAGGUGUCCAGGACGGCCCUCUGUUGCAAGUCGUCUUUACUUCUGGGGGAAAGGCUAUGAGCUGCCUGGCUUCUCAUGACGGGGAAGCCUCCCUUACCUUUUCUGUACUCCUGGAGGGGCGUCUUGCUUACUUGUUUACCAGCAUCUGGGACAAAGAAGAGAAAAGAAAUGAGCCGUCAGACUGCAACAGCAUUACCUACUGGAACCUCAAAGUGUACACCAUCCCAGAGGGUACCUGCCCUGACUGGCACAACUGCGUCCAACAAUGACUUGGCGAGUCUUUUUGAGUGUCCGGUCUGCUUUGACUAUGUGUUACCACCCAUUCUUCAGUGUCAGAGUGGCCAUCUUGUUUGUAGCAACUGUCGCCCAAAGCUCACGUGUUGUCCAACAUGCCGGGGCCCGUUGGGAUCCAUUCGCAACUUGGCUAUGGAGAAGGUGGCCAAUUCAGUACUUUUCCCUUGUAAAUAUGCCUCUUCUGGAUGUGAAAUAACUCUGCCACACACAGAAAAAGCAGACCACGAAGAGCUCUGUGAGUUUAGGCCUUAUUCCUGUCCGUGCCCUGGUGCUUCCUGUAAAUGGCAAGGCUCUUUGGAUGCUGUAAUGCCGCAUCUGAUGCAUCAGCAUAAGUCUAUUACAACCCUACAGGGAGAGGAUAUAGUUUUCCUUGCUACAGACAUUAAUCUUCCUGGUGCUGUUGACUGGGUGAUGAUGCAGUCCUGUUUUGGCUUUCACUUCAUGUUAGUCUUGGAGAAACAGGAAAAAUACGACGGUCACCAGCAAUUCUUUGCAAUUGUACAGCUGAUAGGAACACGCAAGCAAGCUGAAAAUUUUGCUUAUCGACUUGAGCUAAAUGGUCAUAGGCGGCGAUUGACUUGGGAAGCCACUCCUCGCUCUAUUCAUGAGGGAAUUGCAACAGCCAUUAUGAAUAGUGACUGCCUAGUCUUUGACACCAGCAUUGCACAGCUUUUUGCAGAAAAUGGCAAUUUAGGCAUCAAUGUAACUAUUUCCAUGUGUUGAAAUGGCAAUCAAACAUUUUCUGGCCAGUGUUUAAAACCGUUGCAUUCAAUUUCACAGAGAAUAAGGCACCUGUCUGCCUACCAACCAGACGCUUUUGGUAGGUGGAAGCUAGAAACAGGAAGGUAAAUGAAAGGCUGUUAAAUACAGGAAACAGUUGCAUGUAGUAACACUAAUAUAUUUAAAAAUAAGUCAACAGUAAACCACUGAAAAUAAAAUAUAUAUAUAUGUGUGUGUGUGUGUAUAUAUAUAUAUAUAUAUAUAUAUAUAUACACACACCCAAGAUGGGCAUCUUUUGUAUUAAGAAAGGAAGCAUUGUAAAAUAAUUCUGAAUUUGUGUUUGUUGUAGAUUGAGUGUACUGUUAAAAAAUAUUGGGUUCUUGUUUUUUUUUGUUUUGUUUUUUUGUGUGCGUGCGUGAGUGUGUGUGUGUGUGUUUGGUUUUUUUUUUUCCUUUAACUGACAAGCCAUGUUGAGUGGUCUUGGACCACUGCUUUUCCCCUAUGUGAGUCAAUACAUAGUGCUGCUGUGUGUGUAUAUUUUUUUGUGUGUAUUUGCUAAUUUUUAUUAAUUCUAGUUUUUCAUUAAAUAAAUUUGACUUUCUUUUCUGUAAUUCAGGUUUUUCCUCACUUUUUUUUGUACCUUUUUAAAGUUAGUGUCUUUUUGAUAUGCAUAAUUGUUUAUGGUAAAAUUUAUACAUGUGUUCAAUACAUAUUUUCUUUUUCCCCAUUAAUCAGUUCAUUAGAAAUAUUUUAAAUUCAACUAUUUUGUGAAGAUAUGAGUUUCAGAAAGGAAAGGUAACAUCGGAAGAAUUAUCAGAAGCUAUUUAAAGCAGCUAUAAAGUGAUCUUUCUCUUUCUCUCUCUUCUCCAGUUGAGUCAUACCUUCAAACUUAUUCUUUGUAAGGUUAGGGAGUACUGAUUUUUUUUUUUUUUUUUUAAUACUGGAAAAAAAAAAUCAGGCUCUCCCCCUCCCCCAGAUACCUUGGACAAAUCACACAUGUUUAAAAUUUGUUCUUGUAUUUAUUGGUUUUGCAAAAGAAGGCAUCGUCUCACACAGUAUUUGUAAUUAAAAGCAAGUCAUUUGUUUAAAAAAAAAGGCAGUUUGCAAAAAAAAUGUUUUUGGUCUUUUAUAAUUCUCAUUAAAAGAAUAUCUGGCAAAUUAAAAACUCUUACGUGUCUGCUUUAGCUCCAAGUUUGAUUAAAAUCCAAAGUUAUUUUCCUGUUAAAUUCUGUAUUUUAUAGCCAAAAGCAAUGUACUAUGUAUUGUGAAUUUUGGUAGAUAGAGAUCUGUUCUAAAGUACAGUAAAAGAAUGGGUAUAUGGUC